CAGCCAACUCUUUCCUUGCUAAUCCGGAGCGUUUUGGUGGCGUUUUUGUGCUGCAAGUGCCCUCAAGGCCAGACCGUGGGACUUGGUGACGCGGAGCUUUUGCGAGGUGUCUCCAAUCCCUGCGGCAGCUGCCCUUGAGGCCGCACUGCAGGACUUGUGUUUCGUAGGAUUUUCUGUCUUUCAGGUGUCCUCGAGGCCAGACCACAGGACUUGGUGACCCGGAGCUUCUGCGAGGAGUCUCCAGGCCCUGCGGCAGGUGCCCUCGAGGCCAUUCUCUGGGGCUUGGUGCCCCAGAGCUUUUCCCUGGCGUCUCCAAUCCCUGCAGCAGGUGCCCUCGAGGCCCGACUGUAGGAUGGCAGAGAGACGCUUCAGCCUGUGCAGGUUUCUCGGGAGGAAGAAGAAGCAGGAAGGCCCUGGGACUGCCCCUGCACAGCAGUCGGAGGAGGAGGUGGAGCAGCCCCAACCCCUGCAGGAGGAUCCGGGCCAGGACCAGACACAAGAGCAGGACCGCGCCCGUGGCCGCUUCCGCCGGGCAGCACAGGCCUUUCUGAAAUUUGUGGGCAUUCGGCGUCGAAAGACCAGGAUCACACCAACCGAGGUCAUGGCGCAGCCUGACCCCACGCCGACUGAGCUCACGGCCGAGGCUGAUGGCGCAGCGACCCAGGGCAUGGCAGGCACUGACAUCCCAGCCGCUCAGCGCCUGCCCACUGCUCCUAGUCUGGACAUUCCCGGGGAGAGAGUUGUCUCUGUGGAAGAAGCCGUGAAGCCAGACAGAGACAUGGAGCAGAGCCCCCCCAGGGUGCCCAAGCUGGCCUGGCUGAAGGAGGGGGAGGAGGAAGGCCCUGGAGCUGCCCCAUCCCAGCAGCCUGAGGAGGCAGAGCAGUGCCAGCCCCUGCAGGAGGAUCCAGGUCGGGCCCGGACACAAGAGCAGGACCGCGCCCGUGGCCGCUUCCGCAGGACAGCACAGAUGGUUUGCCAAUUCACCCGCUGCAUUUGGAGGGAAGAGACCACUGCCAUGGGCGCUGGGGGCAUGGCAAACUCUGACCUCUGCAAUGCCCACACCAGUGCUGCCCUGCUGGAUUUGCUUGUGGAGAACGGUGUCUCCAAUGCCAAGAAAGUGCCGGCCUUGGUCAGGUACAUCCACGGGUGGCUGACGGCCAAUGCGUCUGCGGAGCGCAGACUAGACAAGACUGUGCUGGCUCUGGUCGAGGCACACCCCGUGGAUGUGGUGGUGACUCUGCUGCGCUCUGCCCCAUCCUGUGACAGAGCUGCUGUGACCAUGUGGAGGACAAUCAUCUCCUCAAGAAGUACUGCAGAGUCGGUGCUGCAGAUCCUUGCCCUUGUCCUGGGAAGCUGGCCAGCCUGCAGCAUGUGCACCUCGGAUGGGGAUGAAACGGAAGUCUUUGCCCUGGCUGCAACCUUGGCACUCUGGAAGAUCCUCCAUCUGCUCUGCUGCACGCGUGCAGUGAGGGGGUGUUUCCCCAACCUCUUUGUGCAUCUGCUCUUCCAAGUGUUCCUCAGCACAGUGCAGAUGCCGGAGGAGGUUGACACCUUCUGGAGGGAGUGCCGGAAGCAACGCAGCCUUCCCACCCAGCCCAACAGGUUUGCAGCGCUGACCCUCAAAGCCCUGCUGCGCCGUCUGCGCUGCGAGAGCGUGUUGGUGGCCAUGGAACGCAAGUGUGGCUGGGACACGCUGCUCAACGCUGACACCCACCACUACGCGGUGGGUCUGCUGGCCAGCAUCGUAUGCUGCCUCCUGGAGCUGCUCAGCGAAGAGAUGUGUCCCUGGGAGCUCCCUGCCAUGGCGUUCCUUGUGGAGGCCCUGGCCUACCUGGAGGUGACCGACUGCGGCGAAAGCAUCCUGCCCAUCCUUUCAAGGCACCUGUGGAGCGAGUGCCCAGAGAUGCGUCGCCAAGUGCUGAGAGGCCUGGUGGUGCUCAGCCAGGAUGCCGUGACGGCCAAAAGAAUGCGCAGCCUGACCCAAAGCCUCGUGCAGCUCCUGUGGGAUGCAGAUGGAGAGCUGGUCAGGAUGAGUGUCACUGUACUCGGCUUUCUGCUCUCGGACAAAGACAUCCGACUCUCCAGCCCCACCGCCCUGCAGUUGGCUGAGGCGCUGCAGCCGCUCUUCGACGACGCUGACAGCAGUGUGCAGCUGUCCUCCAUCCUCCUCUUCCGGGGGCUGAUGACGAUGGUAGAGAAAGAGGGAAAAAAGCCCCUGAAGCCACAUGUCCGCCAGAGCCUGCUUCCACUCUUCUUCCACUGCCAUGAUGAGAACCAGAGAGUGGCAGAG